GGGUCUUUUAUUAUGGAGGGGGGUUUACUUACAAUCAUAUUUAGAGAUGAAAUAACUAUUUUUCUUUAUUUAGAUCUUGAUCGAAGGCAUCCACCUCUUCCUCAACCAUAUGAUCAUGCUUCUCAACAACAACAACCACCACUACCACCACCUUCAUCUGCAUCGAAUCGACCACCAUAUGGUUCUCAACAACAACAACAACAACCACAACAGCAUGGUAGUCACUAUGGUAAUGUUCCACCACCAGCAAAUAGUUUUCAUCAACAAGCACCGUAUAAUCGUUCUCGUCCACCAUCAUUAAUGCCAAAUAAUGAUAAACGUAGUUAUGAUCAAUCAUAUGAUCCGAAUAAUAAUAAUAAUAAUAAACGACCUCGACCAUCUUGA